AUGAGUAUAUGUAUAUUAUAGUGCACUAUUUUGCCAAAAGUAUUGGGACACCCCUCCAAAUCAUUGGAUUCAGGUGUUCCAAUCACCUUCAUGGCUAUGUAUGUAUAAAAUCAAGCACCUAGGCAUGCAGACUGCUUCUACAAACAUUUGUGAAAGAAUGGGUCGCUCUCAGGAGCUCAGUGAAUUCAAGCGUGGUACCGUGAUAGGUUGUCACCUGUGCAAUAAGCCCAUCUGUGAAAUGUCCUUGCUACUAAAUAUUCCACGGUCAACUGUUAGUGGUAUUAUAAUAAAGUGGAAGCAACUGCGAACAACAGCAACUCAGCCACGAAGUAGUAGCCGCGUAUAAUGACCUGGCAAGUUCACCACAUACUGAAGCGCACAGUGUGCAGAAGUCGCCAACUGUCUGCA